GAUGGCGGUAGCGGCGGCGGCGAUAGUAAGCCGAGUGGUUCUUGCGCCGGGUGAGAAGCUGGGCGUGCUGGGAAGAUUUCUGACCAUCAGAUCUGUUCUUAAGAAGCAAACUGGCAAGGCUGCUUUUCUAUCCAGACACUGGGGAGCUCGUGGCACCAUGAAGGUCUUCUGUGGGCGAGCCAAUCCCACUACAGGAUCUGUUGAGUGGCUGGAAGAGGAUGAACACUAUGACUACCACCAGGAGAUUGCCAGGUCAUCCUAUGCAGAUAUGCUACAUGACAAAGACAGAAAUAUAAAAUAUUACCAGGGUAUCCGGACUGCUGUGAGCAGGGUAAAGAACAGAGGACAGAAAGCCAUAGUUCUCGACAUUGGUACUGGCACAGGACUCUUGUCAAUGAUGGCUGUCACAGCAGGUGCUGACUUCUGCUAUGCUAUUGAGGUUUUCAAGCCUAUGGCUGAUGCUGCUGUGAAAAUUGUGAAGAAAAAUGGCUUCAGUGAUAAAAUUAAGGUUAUGAACAAGCAUUCCACUGAGGUGACUGUAGGGCCAGAUGGUGACAUGCCAUGCCGAGCCAAUAUCCUGGUCACAGAGCUGUUUGACACAGAACUGAUUGGAGAGGGAGCACUGCCCUCCUAUGAGCAUGCACAUAGGCAUCUUGUACAGGAAAAUUGUGAAGCUGUGCCCCACAGAGCAACUGUGUAUGCGCAGCUAGUGGAGUCCAGAAGGAUGUGGUCCUGGAACAAGCUGUUUCCUGUCCGUGUUCAGACCAGUCUUGGAGAGCAGGUCAUCAUUCCUCCCUCAGAACUGGAGAGAUGCCCUGGUGCACCUUCUGUCUAUGACAUACAGCUGAACCAGGUGUCACCUACUGACUUCACUGUCCUCAGCGAUGUGCUGCCUAUGUUCAGUGUGGACUUCAGCAAACAAGUCAGUAGUUCAGCAGCCUUCUAUAGCAGGCGGUUUGAACCUCUGGCAUCUGGCCAAGCUCAAGUGGUUCUCUCCUGGUGGGACAUUGAAAUGGACCCUGAAGGGAAGAUCAAGUGCACAAUGGCCCCCUUUUGGGCUCAUUCAGACCCAAAGGGGCUCCAGUGGCGGGAUCAUUGGAUGCAAUGUGUGUACUUCCUGCCACAAGAGGAACCUAUUGUACAGGGCACAACCCACUGCCUGGUAGCCCACCAUGAUGACUACUGUGUAUGGUACAGCCUUCAGAAGACCAGCCCUGAAGAAAAUGGGAGAGUCCACCAAAUGCGCCCUGUCUGUGACUGCCAAGCUCACCUGCUCUGGAAUCGACCUCGAUUCGGAGAGAUCAAUGAUCAGGAUAGAACUGAUCAGUAUGCCCAGGCAUUGAGGACUGUGCUGACCCCAGACAGCAUUUGCCUGUGUGUCAGUGAUGGCAGUCUGCUCUCCAUGCUGGCCUAUUACCUCGGGGCAGAGCAGGUAUUUACAAUUGAGAGUUCAGCAGCUUCCCAUAAACUGAUGAAAAAGAUCUUCAAGGCUAACCACUUGGAAAAUAAAAUUAAUAUCAUUGAGAAACGGCCUGAGUUACUAACGACUGCAGACUUGGAGGGUAAGAAGGUCUCCCUCCUUCUGGGUGAGCCCUUCUUCACCACCAGCCUGCUGCCGUGGCACAACCUGUACUUCUGGUAUGUCCGGACCGCUGUGGACCAGCACCUAAAGCCUGGUGCUGUGGUGAUGCCCCAGGCUGCCUCACUGCACGCUAUGGUCGUGGAGUUCAGGGACCUGUGGCGGAUCCGGAGCCCCUGUGGUGACUGUGAAGGCUUUGACGUGCACAUCAUGGAUGACAUGAUUAAGAAAGUCGCUCUGGUUUCUGAGACAAAAAUAUACCCACAGAACAGAACACCAACGAACCAUAUGUCAGAAUGGGAAGGCUGGAUCUACUUGCCAGAGGAGUUUUCAGCAUCUUUGACUGUGAAUGAAGAGCCAGAGCCCCGACUCUGUCCUGGUGGAGCCGCACAAGAGACAUCGAGCACCUGGAGGGGAGCCAGGGCCCUAAGGUGCCCGCCUGGCCCCAUCAGACUCUGUGGAGACAUCCGCCCUCACUCCUGCAGGUGACAGUUCACACACCAGCAUUUUCCUGGACAGGCUGAGUGCGAUGGUAUUGAGAUGGGAACUAAGAAGUAAGGGGACCCCACCUGCUCUGGGCCUCUGAGCCGUGCUCCUUCCUGCUGAGCAUCGAUUUCUCACCUUAAAGGAGAGAACCAACACCCACAGCAGCUGCUGCCUCUGUUGGGGGCAAAAAGCCCUGUUCUACAUCAGCUGGACAAGUGAUGCUUCAGAAAACUCUGGAAGCAUCAAGAGUGACUUUUGGAUAGAGAACAAAAAGUCAAAAUUCUUUGCAUCUCAGGCUCAGUGGAAGAUAAUGUGUAAUGACCAAAUUACCAUGGUCUGAAAACUCCGAUUGCAUCCAAAUUAGCAGAAAUAAUUAUGAUUCACUUUAA